AUGUCUGUGAUUGAUAAACAUGCCCCACUUAAAAAGAAACGUAUAGGGAAACGAAAGUCUCCCUGGAUUACUUCACAUGUAGUUCAGAAAAUUCGCGAAAGAGAUUAUCUAAAAAGGCAAUUCGAUAUUACACGUGACGAUCAAAUUUGGUUACAAUAUAAGAAAGCUCGAAAUGAAACUAACAACACUAUUAGGCAGGCUAAACAUAACUACUUUAUCACUAAUAUUGAGGCUGCACGAAAAGAUCCAAGGAAAACUUGGAGACUAGUCAACGAUCUGAACUGUCGUAAAGUGAGUGAUGUAACCAGUGUCAAGAAAGUCAAUCUUGACGGUAAUGAAAUCACUAAUGCGGCUGAAAUUUCGGAUGCCUUUAAUUCAUAUUUCACCUCGAUAGGAGAGAAACUUGCGAACAAAAUACCUAGCUCGAAUGUUAAUCCCGUUUCUUAUAUUCAAUCCACACAUAGUGUUUUUUCUUUCGAGGAAAUUGGUUUGUCCACUGUAAAUUGUUUGCUAAAAACGAUUAAUGCUAACAAAGCGACCGGCCCUGAUAAAAUCCCAGGUAGAUUAUUGAAAAUAGCCGCUGAUAUUCUUUCCCCCUCGUUAACCAGAAUUUUUAAUAGAUCGCUUUCUAUGGGGAUUUAUCCGACUGAUUGGAAAAUGGCAAAAGUCUUACCGUUAUUCAAAAAUGGCGACAAAUGUGAUCUAAGUAAUUAUCGUCCAAUUUCAAUUAUAUCGGCGGUUGCCAAAGUUUUUGGUAGAACCGUUUAUGACCAAUUUUACUCCUAUCUGACAAGUAACAACUUACUGUCGAACUAUCAGUCAGGGUUUCGAGCAUCAUAUAGUACCGUUACAGCUUUAUUAGAGUCGGGUAAUAACUGGUGCGUAAAUAUUGAUAAGGGUUUGCUUAACGGAGUGAUCUUCAUUGACCUAAAGAAAGCUUUCGAUACAAUUGAUCACGAAAUUCUUAUACGUAAACUCAAGUGUUAUGGUGUGAAUGACAAUGCGCUAUCGUGGUUUAAUUCCUAUUUAAACAAUCGAAAACAGAAAUGCUACGUAAAUGGCAAACUCUCUGGUAGUCGUUCUAUCUCCCAUGGAGUUCCGCAAGGCUCUAUUAUAGGCCCACUUCUGUUUUUGAUCUAUAUCAAUGACUUGCCUAACUGCUUGAACGAGGGUUUACCUAGAAUGUAUGCUGAUGACACGAACAUCAGCAUGCAAAGUAAUAAUCUUUCUGAGCUAGAAAAUCUUAUGAAUGCUGAAAUAGCCAAUUUAAACACAUGGCUAGAGGCAAAUAAGUUAAGUUUAAAUAUUGCCAAGACUGAAUUUAUGAUUAUUGGAUCUCGUCAAAGACUUUCAACCUUUGAUAAUCAGAAUGUGGAAGUAUGUGUUAACAAUAAACAGAUUAAUAGAGUGCUGAAGUCUAAGUCAUUAGGUUUAACAAUUGAUGAGAACUUGACUUGGAAAUAUCAUGUUGAUAAUAUCACCAAAAAAGUCUCUUCGGGUAUCGGUGCUCUCAAACGAAUGAGAGAUUUUAUUACCACAGAAACUGCAAUUCGAGUUUACCAAAGUUUGGUGGAGCCCUAUUUUUCCUAUUGUGCCCCUGUUUGGGAUGGCCUAGGUAAAAGCAAAGCGAAAAAUUACAAAAAUUACAGAAUAGGGCCGCCCGUGUUAUUACCCGUUCAUCUUAUGAUAUUUCAUCAAGUUCUCUUCUUGAAGAACUUAAUUGGGAAUCAUUGUCCACUAAGCGAUUAAAGCAAAAGGCAAUCCUCAUGUUUAAUACUAUUAAUAAACAUACACCAUUCUAUUUACAAGAGAUGUUUUCUCCCAGUGAGAGUGUUUAUAACCUGAGAGAUUCUUAUGGUAAACUUUAUGUCCCAAAACCACGCACAGAUUAUUUGAAACGCUCCUUCAGUUACAGUGGAGCCUCUUUAUGGAAUGGCCUGCCAGAAUCUCUUAGAUCAGUAACCUCUCUCGCUGCAUUUAAGACAGGUUUAGAAGCCUUCUUAAUAAAUAAUCGAUCUGACUCCCACACGGCAAUCAGGUAGAACAGUAUCUAUAUUUCUUUUUGCUCCUUUUAAAAUAUUUUAAUAUUUUUGUAAAUAACUAUACUGAUGAUUUUCCGUGUUUAAAUAAAGUUGAUGUAUGUAUGUAUGUAUGUAUACAAAUGCCAUACACGGGCUAGCUAGAAUAUUCGGCCGCCUUUUUAUCGCCUUCAACAGAAUAAUCAUGAUGGAACAAUCACAAGACUACAAUAUGUAUACACAUAAAGUUAAAGUAUACAGGGCUGACCUUUCGUCCUUUCUGAAGGCGAUUGUAAUGAAAUUAACAUAUUUUCUGAUGUAUUCGUCCACAUGAUUUUCCCACAAUUUGACCAUUUCAUACACCCAUAUGCCAUGGCACAUAUGAUCAAUAUGGGCGAAUUACUUAACGAAAACUGACGCCAUACCAUACAUUCUAUUAAAUAUGUAUUGCAUCUUUUAUUUAGCGUUUUAUUAAUAUAUACCAGACAAGAUACGAAUAAUUUGCAAUGUAUAAAACGAGUUAUAAAUAUAUUAUAAGAAAUCAGUUUUACUUGUAUAAUUACAAACACGAAAAUCAAAAUAGUACCAAACUUACCUUGUUAAAAUAUUAAAUCCAUAAUUUUCAAAAAUUAUCCAUAAUUUUCAAACUAAAACUAGUAUUCUUGUAUACGAGCUUGCAUAAAACAUGUAUUUAAUACAAGUAUAAAGUCAAUAAACAAUGCAACAUUUGGUCACGUGUUUAUUUUUGGCGGGAAAAGGUCACGCCGCGACGAAGAGACGAAACGAAACGAAGAGACGAAACGCCGCGACGAAGUGACGCGACGAAGAGACGCACGCACCGGAAACCGGGUACACGCCGCGACGAAGAGAUCGAAAAUAUACGCCUCGACGAAGUGAGACAUCGAAAUGAGACAUGCAAGGACGAACUAGGUAGACGCCUCGACGAAAUGAGACAUCGAAGUGAGACAUGUAACGACGCCUCGACGAAGUGA